AGGGCUUGCACUCCGGCGCCCCAUCGACAGGUCAUGACCCGCGGAUGGAGUAAGCGGACAUUGUGCCGAGACACGCUCGAGCGCGCACUCUCGGUUGCACCGAUCUUUCACCUGCGCAAUAUUCACGCCUAUAAAACCUUGUCUUUGUAAUAUUGGCGCGUUACUUUCAUUCCAAGCAGAACCAGAAAAGCAGCUCGAAUAAGCGAGGAGUAGUGGACGUGUAGGGUUCUCACUUGGGUUUUAACCCAUCUCUAAAAUGUCUAGACUCGGAUGUCUGUUGUUGAUUUGGACAAUAUGUCAAGCAGUGCUCGCCAGCGAAGAUGACGAAAAAGGGUUCGUUCAACCUUUGGAUUUUUCUCCGAUUUUCGCCAGCGAUAACUCUGGCCUGGCUUCAAAUCCCGUUGCCGCAGCUUUGCUUAAACUAGACACGAGCCAGUACCCCCACUUGUUUGACUCUGUCAUCAGUAGUUCUCUCGACUCCUUGCAAAGACGGGUAGCCCCUCAAGAUAGGACUUUCGCUGCUGAAAAUUUCGGUUUCAAUCCGAUUGCUAGCCAAAGUUUCCUUCCUCCACCGAAACCGGCGCCACUCGUGGCGCAGCCGGCACCGCGGGCUCCCGUGCAGCACUCGGCGGCCUACCGCCAACCGGCCUUAGCACAAUACGACAUUAGACAGAUACACGAUGCCGACUACAAAGUGUACAAGCCAGAGGAAGACCAACAAGGAGAUAUUCUAUCUGCUUUAAAACAGAAUCCUACAGUAGCAGCAUAUUUUAAACCCGCCGUAACAAAUUUAGAAGUAGCCCACCCGCUUAAAUACCGCAAGGAAGAACUGUUAGAAAACCCUGAAGCCGAACAAAACUAUAAGCCCAAUGGUUAUAUUGCAGGACCGCCCCGCUUGCGGCGAUACACGGGAGAACACAGAAGGCAAAACUUAAGAAAACGCGCAGACGACGAUGAAGAAGAAGACCCCUACAACUAUAAAUCUGAGUACAUUUCCAGACCGAAAGCGUUCGACAGUGGAGCCUACAACAGCGCGUACAAAGAAGAAAAGGACCCCAACAAGGAUUACGAAUACCCUUAUGGAGGUUACGAUUCUGGCUACGACCAUAAGGAAUACGAACGCAUCAAGGAUUUGUCAGAAAAACAAGCAGCGGAGAUAAAACAAAACCCUGGAAAUUGCAAACAAGUCAACAGAGAUGGAAUGACGUGCAAUGUAUGCAAGGAUCCUAAAACUGGAGGAAACUACGAAUCCUGCUCAUAUGUUGCGGAACCAAAAAAUAAUAAAUAUGCUUACUCGAAGGAAAAAAAAUUCGACAGUAAUGACGAACCCGACGAGCCAGAGGGUCAAAAAGAAGAGGCACCAAGGAAGUCAGCAAAAUACGAAGAAGCAAAAGAGGAUGAUAAGCCCUCCGAGGAAUACGAAAAAUUAAAAGCACCAAAGGAAGAAAGUGAAGAGGACGAUUCCAAAGAAAAAUAUAAAGCUUAUUAUGUGCACAGUUCCAAACCCACACCAAGCGAAAAAAUACGCGCUGCGAGUGACGAGAGCUCCGAAGAAAAAGCUGAUCCGCUAGUGAAACCUUAUAACUACAAGCAAGCUUUGCCCGAGUUCUACACUGAUAACGAGCCCAAAAAAGACGUUGAGCAUGUCUUAGCUGAAUUCAAGAAAAAGGAUAGAUCGUCUUGUAAACAAGUUAAUAAAAACGGCAUGACCUGUUUCCAAUGCGUGGAUAAGAACGGCUUGAAAAAUGAAGAGUGCAUGUUUGUAUCUGAAUCAGCACCAAAAAGGAGUCAUCUAGCAUAUCAAGAACUCAAAGAAUUUCAAUCACAACCCCCAGUAGCUCCUGUAACUACAAACGAAGGCGCCGAGAGUAAAGUUGUAGCUGCCAACGCAAAUCCUGCACAUAAAUCUGCCGCGUAUGUAGUCGCUAAUACCGGGUAUGGAAAAAAACUAAAACGGAAAAAAGCAAGCCAAGCUACACCGACCGCCGCCGCUACCAGCCCGGUCGCGGCGGUCGCCAGCGCCGUGCCUGCGGCGGCGCCGCAGCCGACUGCUGCGCGCCGGCUGAGAAGGAGCGUGGACGCUGAGGCCGAAGCUGCUGCCGCAAUCGCCGACCAGACUGAAUUGGGGCCUGAAGAGUUCGCAGGCGUCGAUUCGAAAGCAGCAUAUUGGGCGGAAACUAUGCCUCGUUACAGUGCGGCUUUAGGUGUCACCUUGCCUGAAUUCAUGCUAGCGAGGUCGGAGCAUGAAGCUUCGUUCGAUGAAAUUGUUGCAGGCGCAUAGGAGAUUAAGGCUGAAAUUAUUUGCUAAUACAGUGUUAGUAGAGCGUGUCCGUUGUCAACACCGUUUUUGAUAAAACCUAAACAGAAGGUAACGGGCACUUGUUGCGUAAUACUAAUCAAACUAAGAUUUCACUGUUUGCCAUGCUUGUCGACGCAGCAAAUCAGGCGUGAAAUUUCAAAUAAAAAUAAAACCAGCAAGAAAUAAAAAUAGAAAGUAUUGUUAUAUCUGUUCUUAUAUCAAAGUCCAAUAAUUGUCGGUUUAGGAAAUUUAAAUUUUCAAUAUUAAUGAUAUAUGUUUACUCAAUGGUUAAUUAAUGGGGCAAAUAAAUGUUGUGUAGAUACAUAUUUUUAUAUUCAUGGAUUGUUAAUUGUUAACUAGUUUUAGAUGUUUUUGAAAUAAAAUUACUAUGUUAUUGUUAU